ACGUAUUACUGACAUUUAAUAUAUUUAUUACAUAAUUUAAUUAUCUAUACUAAUGACUUUAUAAAUAUUGAAAUUAAAAUGGCACAACAUCGGUUCCUUACACAAUUUCCUAAACAAUCUAUGCGAGCAUUCAUGCAUUCACACAUUCACGCAUUAAUAGUGUUGCGUUAACCCAUUAUGUUCGUGUAAUUCUGAAAGCAGGCUGACAUAACCUUAAAUGCAAACAAGUAGAAACGUAAACAUUGCUCUCCAUGCAAACAUAUAAAUCCGUACACUAAUACAUGAGUUCAAUAUUAGAACCUGCUCAAUUGACAUUUACACAUGACGUACGUGACGUCCUCUGUCUGUGCACACGUAGCGACACACUUGUGGACGUUUUUAACACACUCGGGCGCCGAUCUAUCAUGCAUAUGGAUACGUAUAGACAGAAAGCAGAGUGGCAUCGUUCCCACACAUAUGUGCAACGUUUAAAGGAACGUCGAGACUCGGCAACGGUCGGCGCAACAGUACCGCGAUCGCUUCCUCGCCGUUCGGACUUAGCGUCGCGCCACGACGCUGCGCAUGCGCGUGCGCAGUUUUGUUUUGCCCGCCUGCGCGUGCCACACGCAAAUGGCGUUCGACCAGUGGAUUUGUUAAAUAAUCGACGUAGUGAGUUUAAAAAUACGUGAACCAGUGGGUACGAAUUGAUUCGUCUUUCGCAGAACGACUGCCUCACGCCAAUGAUAACAAACUCUUCCCACUCUUGUUGGUCAAGAUGGCGGUUGCCUAAUCUCCGGCGAAAAAAAAGGGGAAGAUAGAAAGAGAGAAAAUAUCAACGCGUCGCUUAACGAUAACAAAGGCAAAAAAGUAUCUAUCGUGACGGCCAUAUUUCGGAAAUAUUCGUCGCUCGAUUUCGUGGCUCGAAGGUAAAAUCGUCUGGUGACCUUGAAAUGGAAGAACGGCCGGAAAACAUCGAAGGACCAUCGGUUAAUUCUUCUUCUUCUUCCACGGAUGAUGCCGAUCUGAGCAUGGGCGCGGGCGCAGCUGGGGGCUCGGUCCUCGGUCUGCCCGGAUCGGGCGUGGGUGGUGUGCUCUCCCAACAUUGCGCCAUUUGCGGAGAUCGCGCCACUGGAAAACACUAUGGCGCCGCUUCCUGUGACGGGUGCAAAGGUUUCUUUCGACGAUCGGUCAGAAAGAACCACCUCUACACCUGCAGAUUUAGUAGAAAUUGUGUAGUAGACAAGGAUAAAAGGAAUCAGUGCAGGUACUGCAGACUAAGAAAAUGUUUCAAAGCUGGCAUGAAGAAGGAAGCCGUACAAAACGAAAGGGACCGGAUAAGCUGUAGAAGGCCGAGUUACGAAGAACAGACCAGCAACGGAAGUGGACUUUCGGUAGUUUCCCUGCUUCAAGCUGAAAUGCUCAGCAGACAAGUAGGCGCGGCUCUUGAGCUAGGCAGUCCGGGUAACGAUAUCGACCUAAGCACCAAGCAGAUAGCCAACAUAAAUGAUGUCUGUGACAGCAUGAAACAACAGCUUCUGAUCUUGGUCGAAUGGGCUAAAUACAUCCCUGCUUUCAGCGAGUUAACGCUUGACGAUCAGGUUGCCCUUCUAAGGGCACACGCUGGCGAACACCUUCUCCUUGGUGUAGCCAGGCGCAGCAUGCAACUGAAGGAUGUCCUUCUUCUGGGCAACAACUGUAUCAUCACUAAAAAUUGUCCUGUCAUAUCUUUGUCCACAGAGGGUCGCAACCAGGAUCUGGACAUUAGCAAGGUCGGCAUCAGGGUAAUGGACGAGCUGGUGAAGCCUUUGAACGAAGUGCAGAUCGACGACACGGAGUUCGCUUGUUUGAAGGCCAUUGUCUUUUUUGACCCCAAUGCAAAGGGCCUGAGCGAACCGCAGCGAAUCAAACAACUACGUUAUCAAAUUCAAAUUAAUUUGGAAGAUUAUAUUAGCGAUCGACAGUAUGAUAGCCGUGGUCGAUUCGGCGAGAUACUUUUGACUUUACCAGCUCUCCAAUCAAUCUCCUGGCAAAUGAUAGAGCAGAUUCAAUUUGUAAGGCUGUUUGGAGUUGCACAUAUAGACAACUUGCUGCAAGAGAUGUUGCUAGGUGGCGCCACCGCAGAGAUAAAUGGUGCUGCAACACCUAUACCGAUCUCAAAUGCACCUGGUAGUUACGUGAGCAGCAAUGAAAGCCCUAGCAGUCCCUUAACACCGGCUAACGCGCCCCCGUUGAGUCCUCAAGAUCACAUGCUGGCUGGCGGGAGUCCUGUUAUGAUCCUGAGGGACCUUACGCCUAUACAGAGUCAAGAGGACGUGACUAGUGCAACUGGAUUUAGAAUGUUCAAGCAAGAACCCAGUCUCGAAAGUGAAUCAACCUUUUAAAGGUCUUUGGAUGUAUCUUAAAAAUAAUUGAAAGAUCCUGCGGAAUGAAUUAUAAAUCUGGAGAUACUGGAUCGUGUUGAAGACGGAUAAGGAGCUACAAAGAUGUAAGAUAAGUUAGCUAUGAGAAACUAGUAGAAGACUUUCACUUAUGUGCCACAAAAGAAUCAGGAUCUUUCUUAGAUAAGAUAAUUUUUAAAUGUUGAAAUAAGAAGUUUUAACGAUACGUUGGAGAGAAGUUUUCAAGUUUCAGAAAAGUGGGUAGACUUUGAAUGAUUAUCAGAAAUGGUGAGAAAGAUUGGAUCAUUUUGAAAGGUGAAAAUGCAGAAUCUUAUACAGUUUUAAAAAUACUUGAUGAUGCAGUGGCAGAACAAUGUCAUGAACUGCGUGUAAUCAUAUAAGAUCUUAUAAGAUCCCAGAGUAAGAACGAGUUCUUUUAAUAUUUUACAUAUUUUUGACAAGAAACUGACUUUAGCGAUCUCUGAUGAUAUUCUGAGCAGUUUUUAAACAUUAGCGACAUCUUUCAUUAAAAUAUUUAUAAAUACAAUCUUUUUUUUUUUACUUGUACUCUAAAUUUACAAGCAUAUUCAAAGCAUAUCUUUCAAUUAGUUUGGUGUAUUAACUAAAUUCAUGAAAAAUAAUGUGAAAUUUCGUUCAUUUUUGGAUAAAAAUCAUGCUCAAUCGAUUGCUCAAUUAAUUCUUAAUUACCUUAACUAUAAGGUCAAAUCAAAAUCGGUCGAUUAAGUGACAGAGAAUUACUUUGUCACUAAAAAGGUCAACUUAACUAAUAUUAAUGCACUACUUUACUGCAUAAUACGUAUUCAGUAACCAAUACUUUGACAAUAUGUUUGAUUAAAAUCAGAGGAACUCAUCAUUUUCAUAUAAACUAUAUGUUAUAUUAUAGUAUAUUUAAUAAGCAUACAACGUUUCCUAUUUUAAUUUCUAUUUUCAUCAAGAACACAUUUUUAAUUCGAUCUAGUUUCAUACGAUCGCAAUAAAAUCUAAACGACCGACCUCUGAACGUAAUAAUAAUAAUUAAUUUUAAUUGUUACAUUUCUAGAAUGUAAGUACAUUGUUAUUUAUACAAAGGGUUUAUUAAUUAUAUUAUUUAUAAUAUAUUUCUACAGAGAAUAUUUUUGUUAAUGCAAUAAAUAUUUUGUUAUCCCUAUUAUACUGAAUAUGCAUUGUAUCAUACGUACACAACAAUUGUAAUAAUUGAAUAGUCUUUUUAUCUACUCGUAUAAAUGAAAGAUACUUCAGAUAUUCCGAAUAACAUCAGGCAAUGUGCAAUAUUAAAUGCUUUUCAAUCAUUUCAGCAAAUAUUCAUUCGGAUAAGCAACAUUUUAAUUGAACACUGUACAUAGUAUUUUUAAACAUAAGUUAUAUUUAAUAUAUGUUGAUUUUUUACAACCAGUUUAUUUAAUAUCCUCCGCAGUACAAAAAGAACACAUUAACAUUUAGUUUGCAACAAUAGUUAAUAUACUUGACUUUUAAAGUACUAUACUUACUGGUUUAAAAGAACUAGUCUACAGAUUUUCUGCAAUAAGUCUUGAUUCUCUUUUUCAUCCACACGUAUAAUAGCAACUACAUACAUAGGAAUAUUUAUUGAAAUGAAAAGAAUAUAAAUUUCAACAUGCCCUAUCAAAAAACAUCAUUUUUCAGAAUGUUUUUUUACUAAUCUAAUUUAGCCAGUGAAAGGAAUCUUAGAAAAUUUCAUGUUAUUUGCUAGGAACAUUUUACACCCUGUAUAAAAUAGACAACAUUCCAUGUAAAAAAUCAAAAAUGUUUAGAGAAUAAUUAACGCCUCUCUCUAUAAAGAGAGGAGCACACGCCAUUGCAAUGCAAUUUUUUUUUUAAGGAAAGGAGUAUGCAUAUUUUUGUUAAUUUUUUUUACACAUUUGGAGUACGAUUUGUUUCUUAUUUUCACUAUAUGAAAUAAUUUUCAUUCAUACAUUACUUUAAAAGCAAAUCGCUAGUUCCAAAUGUUUAUCGCGGCUUCUACUAGAUAUUACAUUUAUGAACAGAUUAGAAAAUGAUAGGAUAAUAUUUUAAGAUAUACAUAAAUUUAUAUACUAUUAAUAAUAUGAAAUGUAGUAUAUAAAUAUAUAAAUAACAUUUUAUCUGGCACAUGUGUAUACAUGUACACAAAAUGUAAAUUAGUGGAAGUGAUAAUAUUAUUUUUAACAAACAAAGAAACUAGUUAAAUAAAAGGGGAACCUGUAACAAGUUUCUGCAUAAUUUUCUUUUUUUAUAUUUAUUUUGUAUUAUAAUAUACUUUUGUUAAAUACACUAUAAUACAUUUUCAUCUUGACUUAUACUUGAAGUAAUUUAAAAUACAACCAAUAUAUAAAACAUUUUAAUGACAGAAGAAAAUAAAUAAAUUGUCAGGAACUAUCUUUUUUUCACAUAAAAUUCAACUAUAGAAAUUUUCAUCGAGAGUCUCGUGAUUUUUAUAAAACUUACGGUUAGAUUAUUUCAAAUUUUUAAUGAAAUAUUUUAAUAUAGAUGUAAGAAUCAUGAUAAAACAUUUAUGGAUUGUAAUGAAAUUGGAGAACAUUAAUUAAAACUUAUGUAACUAAUUCCUUUAUUUCUUCUAUGUUUAUUCUGUACAGUAAGUUUAAUAUUUGAGAAAUGAUUAUUUUUAUAUGGGUUGUGAGCUAAAAGUUACCAAGAUAAACAGUUCAUAAAUAAGUCAAUUCGUAGGUAAGCUUUUACAAAAAAUCAUUCAGAGCAUAUAAACAUUAUUUGAAUUGUAAAUAACUUUUUUCUUAAUCAAUUGUUAUUUAGUUGUAAGAAAAUUUGUAUUAUACAUAUAAUAAAGGGAGUAAACAUCUAA